GCCUAUUUAUGGAUAGAUGAGAGCCUGUCCAAGGCCCGGGUCCAAGGAAGUCAAAGCAAUGAACAAUCAACAUGGCAAAAACGAAAUUACUAUUUGAUUUAUCACUAAAGUUCGGUUGAUGAAUUUUCUAAAUAGUCUGAGAAUUUCAAUCGUAGCUAGAUUUUCAGUUGCAUAAUCCUUGCUCACGCGAUUUUCCCUGCGAUGUUGUCGAUGUCAAAGGUCACGUUAUCUCAUCAGCUCAGCUGUAUUGCACAAAGAACGGCAGCUAGUGGAGUAGCAGCCGAUAAUUAGCAUUUUGCCGAUGAAGUUUGCACCUAUAAUCACUCGGAUAUAGGUGUUGCAAUGAUUGAAAUUCUAGUAAGUCUCAUCCCAGAAGGGCUGGGGUAUCCCCUGGCUGUGUCUGCUAUACUUGGCUUGUUGCUUUACAUUCUACUGGGCAAGCCAUCGUCUAUGAAGAAGCAGAAGAAAUCGACCAAUCAUAUGACAGCACCAUCAUCACAUGACACUGAUGUUCUUAUUAUUGGCUCUGGGAUCCUAGGGUCAGCCAUGGCUACUGUGCUGGCCAGAGAUGGCCGUAAGGUGACCGUUAUAGAACGAGACAUGAAGGAGCCGGACAGGAUAGUUGGAGAGUUGCUUCAACCUGGUGGCUACAGAGCUUUAACUGAUCUAGGAUUAAAAGAUUGUGUAGAAGGCCUUGAUGAACACACAGUCAAAGGUUAUGUCAUUCAUGAUCUAAAGUCUGGAGCUCAAGUUGUUGUACCAUAUCCUACAGACAAAGAUUCAGGAUCUGCAAUCACAGGUCGAUCAUUCCAUCAUGGCAGGUUUAUUAUGGGGCUUCGGAAGGCAGCACUCGCUGAAGAAAGAGUUACCUAUAUUGAAGGUGCUGCAUCUAAAAUCUUGGAGGAGAAUGAUAAAGUAGUUGGAGUGUCAUAUAAACUCAAAGGAACACAAGACCUAAAGGAGAUCAAGGCCCCUCUGACCAUCAUCGCCGACGGCUGCUUCUCCAAGUUCCGGAAGCAGCUGACCACCACCCUCCCAAAGACUUCCUCUCACUUUGUGGGAACCCUGAUGCACCACUGCCCUCAGUAUGCAGACAACCAUGCUGAGCUGGUCCUGGCUGAUCCUUCGCCUGUACUCAUCUAUCAGAUAUCAUCAGAGGAUACAAGGGUUCUGGUUGAUGUCAGAGGGGAUAUGCCAAAAGAUGUCAAGGAGUAUAUGAUGGACAAGGUUUACCCACAGUUACCAGAGCAUAUCAAGGACCCUUUUGCCGAUGCUAUUCAAAAUGGCCGCAUCCGUAGCAUGCCCAACAGUUUCUUACCACCAGCCCCUGUAGAGAAGCGUGGUGCUCUGUUGCUAGGCGAUGCGUAUAACAUGAGGCAUCCAUUGACAGGUGGAGGUAUGAGUGUAGCACUGAAUGAUGUCAAGAUUUGGAGAGAGCUCUUCAAAUCGAUACCAAACUUAGGUGAUGACAAGGCAUUAUCUAGUGCACUAAGAAUGUUCCAUUGGAGAAGGAAGUCUACCCAUGCAUUCGUUGUCAACGUUCUAGCUCAGGCUCUUUAUGAAUUGUUUGCUGCCACAGACGUUCAUUUAAUGAAGCUUCGUGAGGCUUGUUUCAAGUAUUUCAAGCUUGGUGGUCAAGCUGUAGAGGGACCUGUAGGAUUGCUCUCUGUACUCACCCCCAACCCAUUCCUCCUGAUUGGUCAUUUCUUUGCCGUCGCCCUCUACGCCAUCUACUUUGCAUUCUUAGACCAGCCCUGGUACCUCAAACCACUCGCGUUCUACGAGUCUUCUCUCAUCUUCUUCAAGGCUUGUGGGGUUCUCUUCCCACUCAUAAGAUCAGAAUUUUACAUGGUCAUGAGGAGUUGAUGGAUUAUUGACCUUGUUGUAAAAUGGUCUUACCACUUUACAUCACUUGGUCUGCUUCAGACAUCAGGGCCGAUUUCAUAAAACUUGUGAUGAUAUCAAAUUGCAUUAACCGUUUAAAGCUACUGAAAUCAUUCAAUUUGAUUGGCUUAUAAUAAAGUUAUUACAUAAAUUGAACAUGUGUUAUCAUAACAAGUUUUCAUGAAAUGUGAACCAGAUCAGGGAUAAGGUCCACUCACAGACCAGGGAGAGUGGGAUAAUUCAACUGAAUUUAACUUUUCUGCCCUUUUUAGUCUGACUCUACUCAAAGGCAAUACUUUGAAAAUUAAUUUCAGUAUUAUUUGAAUGAUUUGAAAAUGUGUAUUCAUUUGCUCAUCCUUGGUCAAAUAUACAACGCAUUGUAGAUAGGGAGAUAUGAAUUGCAUUAGAUGAGUAUUAUGUUAUUCCUUUCUCUGUAUCUUGUGAAUACCUGGCUCUCGAGUAUAAUUGUUACAGUGGGUUUUUUUUCUAUAUGAUUGCUAUGAAAGCAUGAAUGCUUGUAGGCAACCAGAGGACUGAUGGCUUAGGCCCUCUCUGAGGGACCAUGUAAUAAGGAUUAAUGCCUUACCAAAGGUCACUUUAGCAUUGACCUUUAUCAUGUAACACCAAGAUGUGCAAGUAUGAAAGAAUAGUUCUGAUUGGUUCAUGGUCUUUAUUGUGAACAAAUUGUAUAUGAAACAAUGAUUUUGAUUGGCCAUGGUAUUUAGAGAUUGAUACAAAUUCUUCAUCCAUGAUGUAAUUGGAAUCCAAUAUUUGAGGGUUACUGUUCAUGUUAAAUAUUUAGAAUGUUAGUAUGUAUUCCUACCGAGUGUAUGAGUUUGAGGAAGGGCAUACUUGUAAAAGUACGCUCAUGGUUUGAGGGAAUGAUGUCGACUAUCAGGGUUAACGGAUCCUUCAGAUCAUGAGAGAAAUGGCGAAAUUUGUAAAAUACCGUUUUAUGAUUUAAAAUGUUAAAUUUGUGGAUGGUUCUAUUCAUUGACCUAGUCAUGGUGUUCUAUUUAUUAAUUCUAUUUACACUGCAGGAGUGAAUCUUCAAGUUUCUAUCUAUCAUCUUUUCAUAACUUUAACAUUGAUUUGUUCAGUUAUUGUUAUUCAGUCAAGUAACUUAGGCUUUGCAGAACUUUUAUCUAUUGUAAGUCAGUUUAUUCUUCAAAGCUCCAUAUGCCUUGCAAACAAUUGUAAAUUUGCUCCCUCAACAAAAGUUUUUAUUAAUCUGAUAUUGUUGAAGAUUAUCAAUCAAUUGAUAUAAGCAAUUGAUUGCAAGUUCAUUUCUUGUAUCGCUACCUUAAAGUUUCAGGGCUAUGUGUAUCUUUAUAGUUUCACUUUACUUGAUAUUCUCCCGAUUAAAAUCGGAAUUCUGAUUUUUUCUUUUUUUUUAUUCAGAUUUUUUGUUUAAAUAUUUUUUUUACAUGAAAUCCUUUGGCCAAGAAUAUUCUCAUGCUGUUUUUUAAAGUCAAAUGAUAAAACUACCAUGCAGACUCACAUGGAAAAAUCACUUUUGAUUUCUUUACUAUGUAAGAGCUUGUAACCCCAACCGGGGCGCCUCAGACUUUCAAGAACUUCUAUAUAAGUAAGCUGAAAAUAAUGAAGCCGUGAGCAAAUGUUCAUACCUUGUGAGGAGAACUACUAACCAGUUAUUAUUUAUCAAUGAUGAAAUUACAUGGGACUCUUUUCUACAUACAAUAGUUGUUGAUGUGUUUAAAAUAGGAAAGCUUCAUAUUAGAGUAUGCGUAAAAGCAUAUUGCUAAAUCAGUGUUAUGGAAAAAUUAUCAUUCAUCAAAUGAAUGUAGUUUUUAAAGCAACAAGGCUUGUAGAAGUUGUAAUGGUCAGGCAUAUUGUAUUGAUCAAAAGUUUUAGUUUAAUCAUGAAUACUUUUAGAAUUCUUCUGUCUGCAUUAGAUAUAUAAGAACAUUACCGGUUUGUGUAUUUGUUAUUAUCUACCCUGGUCAAGUGGUUGACUGGUAGGGAGAGGUUAAUUGAAUGAACAUGGUCAUGCUGGUUAGUUAAAAUAUUUGUAUUAAACAUAAUGGAAAUGUUUUCUAAUUAAUUUUUACUUUCUUUUGAAGUCGUAAUCAUAUCAUAACAUAUACCAAGGAGGUUAGAAUAGAUGGAGUAACAGCAAAUUUAUUCCAUUGACCCAUGUUCGAGGCCGUUGGGUUAAAUCGUUGGUAUUCAUAAUUCAUAAUAAAAUGAAAAAAGGCAAAAUACCAUUUUUAUUUUAAAUAUAGUUAGUUUUCCCAAUAAAUCCGUUGGCAUUGAACUACAGACAUCAGAGGCUCAUUGGUAAAGUUCUAGGUUUAAAUUUUUUUUUACCUCCUUAGUAAUGGGCAGCUGCUUGACCUCCAGCUCUUCAAUGCAUCCUUGUUGACCACUUGUAUGGUCCGUGGUGGGAUUUAAUGCCAAAGCACUCAAAUGAUUAGUAAAAUGCAAGAUAAUGUGUAUCUUAUAUUUCCUGUAUGUGAGCAUUGCCCAACUGGAUUAAUGUCAAUAAUAAAUUAUCUUGCCAUUUUGGUUGAUUCAGAUGGUAUAAAAAUA